UAAACACACACCACAACCUCUAAGCUAAACUCUUGAGCGGAAUAUAAAAGCUGGGUAACUGCCCUUUCUAAUAGAUUGUAACUUCCCGCUCGCCAUCACAAUCUAGGGUUUUAGAAUUUACCCAAAACCCUCUUCCAUGGCAGAAGAAGCAGCACUGGAAGUCGUUGAUCCCAACACCGCCGCUGCCGCCGCCGCCGUGGACAUGGACGUCGAGAAUGUCGAGGCCGGCGGCAACGGCGCCGAGCCGAACCAGAAGCGCGCCAGGGAGGAAGAGGAGCCCCAGGGCGGCGACGACGACGUUUCGAAGAAGCAGAGGGUGGACGAGGAAAACGAAAAGUCCGUAGAGGAACAACGCUUGGAGAAGCGCGAUGAACAAGAAGAAGAAAAAGGAGAAGAAAAAGAAGCAGAAAAAGAAGAGGAAGAAGAGAAGGAAGCAAGUGGUUCCGUGAACUUGGGAUUCAAGAGCUUCGGUUCUUCCUUGGAGAUGUUUCAUUACUUCUACAACUUUCUUCAUACCUGGCCUCAAUAUCUCAAUGUUAACAAGUAUGAACAUCUGAUGUUGUUGGAGUUGCUUAAGAACGGCCAUGCAGAGCCUGACAAAAAGAUUGGUGGAGGGGUUCGUGCUUUCCAAGUCCGCAAGCAUCCUACCUUCAAAAGCAGGUGCUUUUUCCUCAUCAGGGAGGAUGACUCUGCUGAUGAUUUUAGCUUCAGGAAGUGUGUGGAUCACAUUCUGCCCUUGCCGGAAGAGAUGCAUUUGAAAUCCGAUGCAAACAAGGCAUUAGGUGGUGGUGGAGGAAAACAUUAUGGAGGAGGAAAGGGUGGCAGAGGGGGGAGGGGUGGAAGAGGAGGAGGUGGGCGUGGUGGCCAUGGGAGAGGAGGAAAGUGGAGAAAUUAAAUAUAAUAGUUGCUGCUGGUCUGAGUUUUAUUUUGAUAUCUAAAAUGUUUUUUGUAUACUUGCCCCGCAUAUUUCAUGUUUCCUGCUAAUUUACAUUUCAAGUUUUUUGUUACAGUUAUUUAUGAGUUAUGGAGCUUUUUGGGCUAUAUAAUUACACAUUUUGAUUAUGGCUGGAAAUGAAUCAAAACGAACUGAACUAUACUGUCUA